AGAAUCCUAAAGUCUAAACUAAUUUAGUGAAUUUUCGUACUCAAACUUAAUUUAAAGCGUUGAUGUUACACAGCCGUCAGCUGUUGUCUGUAUAACAUUAUUAACGUUAUCACUUUGCAUUUUGGAAAAAAUGACGCUCGUAUCGGGCAGCUUACAGCUUACGUCAAAGAACAUACGUCACAGAAAAAGUGAAAAAUGAAGUUUGCAUACUUUAUGUCUAUUUGUUUGUUAAUAUUCAUAUGUUUGUGAACAUUUAAAUACUUAAUUCCUAUUGUCAAUAGUAGCAGCAGAAGGCGUGAUGUUUACACGGACUGAAAUUGUAUUUGUCUCUUCUAGUCUUCUGGCUACUCAAAGCUCCUCAGUCCUACAUGUCAUCAUUCACGCACACGCACUGAUGACAGGCUGUCACUCACACAUCGCUGAUCCUCUGAUCCAAGGACAACCCGGCUCCACUGAGGCACCGCUGCCCUAUACGCAUCUAUUUAGAAUGUGCUUCACUGAACAAUCUAGAAGCUCCAGCUGAUUUCAGUUUAAAUAUGAGGACAUUCUCGCUUUUCUAAUUAAUCAUCAAAUAUUCAAAUAAUAAUAAUCAAAUUAAAUUGGGAUACUUUCAACAAGAGAUUUUCUCCACAACAAAACGCUUUAUUUCAAGUUUUAUUGGAGUAAGUGUUGCGUUCUGAGGUCCGCCGAUGACUUUGGAUGCGGUCGUCAUGGUGACACCUCAAAUGCUGCUGCUGAAACCGACCGCCCCCACCCCCCCACCCCCUCUCUCCCUCUGAUGUCGUGCGAUGACUCACGGCUCGCUCGGUGUUGCGAGUACAGAGACGCAGGCGGCAGAGACAUGCAGCGCCACCGAGGACGGCGGUCUGUAGCCGCGGCGAUGGCGAGUGGCGCGAGGAGGCGCGACCGCAGGCACUCUGCGCCGGACGUCCUGCUGAAGGCCCUGCGGCGCAGACGCAGCUCUGCCAUGGAGACGCUCUCUGCCUCCUUACACAGAGCGAUGGCGGCUGUCAGCGUGAAGCAGCGUGAACGCAGCUGCAGGAGAUCCAGUGCCAGGGUCCCAACAGCAAAGUACACCAAGAUGGGGGAGACCCUGCGGCACGUCAUCCCCGGUCACAUGCAGUGCUCCAUGGCCUGCGGGGGAAGAGCCUGCAAGUAUGAGAACCCGUCUCGAUGGAGCGAUGAGGAGCAAGCCGUCAAAGGGUUGUACUCUUCCUGGAUUACUGACAACUUGCUUGCUAUGGCAAGGCCUUCCACUGAAAUCAUAGAGAAAUUUCAUGUAAUUGAACAGUUUCAAAGGUGUGGGUUGAAGACGGUCAUUAACCUGCAGCGACCCGGAGAACACGCCAGCUGUGGCAACCCGCUGGAGCACGAGAGCGGCUUCACUUAUCGGCCUGAAAGCUUCAUGGAGGCUGGAAUUUAUUACUACAACUUUGGGUGGAAGGAUUACGGUGUGGCCUCUCUGACUACGAUCCUCGACAUGGUGAAGGUCAUGUCAUUUGCCGUCCAGGAGGGGAAAAUGGCUGUCCACUGCCAUGCCGGUCUUGGAAGAACAGGUGUGCUGGUGGCUUGUUACCUGGUUUUCACGUCGCGGAUGAGCGCCGACCAAGCCAUCCUGUUUGUGCGAGCCAAGCGGCCCAACUCCAUCCAGACCAGAGGCCAGCUGCUGUGCGUCCGGGAGUUCGCCCAGUUCCUGGUUCCCCUCCGGAGCGUCUUCUCCUGCGCCGAACCCAGAGCGAGCGCCGUCACCCUCUCCCAGUACCUCACCCGCCAGCGCCACCUGCUGCACGGCUACGAGGCCCGCCAGAUGAAGAACGUGCCGAAGGUGGUCCAGGUGGUGUGUGCACUCCUCGUGGGCAUCGUGGCCGACAGGCAGGUGGUGAUGGAGGAGGAGCGGGCGCAGAUCCCCGACCUGGUGGCCGAGGUGGAGAAGACCGUGUCGCAGCAGGCCAUGCAGCAGCUGGGCAAGGAGAUGAGGGUGAAGGGGAUCCCCGUGCCCCCUUGUCUGUUCCACCCCCACGGCCCCCCCGCCGCUACGCAGUCCACACACGGUCAGCCCCUCGCCAGUGACAAUGAGCUGAACCUUCUGUGGGGGUAUGCGGGAAGCCCCCCGAUUUCCCCCCUGUCCAACAUCAGGAGCCUCAGCGAUUCCGCCCUCCACAAACAUGGACAACUGCACGAUUACAGUUUUGGGGAUUUCAAUAGGAGCCAACCGACCAACGGCCUGACCGACCAUUCCUCGUCUCACAGCAGCCUUCCAGCGGGCCGCCACUACGAGCCCCCCCCUCAGGACUUCGCCAUUCAGGGCCCCCAUAAGGCCGCAAAGCAAGGCGCGCGAUCCCUGUCGUUAAGGAAGCCGCUCCGCCAGGGGCAUCAGAGUAUGCCUUUCGCCCUGUCCGAGCCGGGAGGAGCACCUCGCCGCCAGGCCGCGCGGAGCGGGAGCCCAGCGGGGACCGGGCAGGAGGCGCCGGCAGACCGAGGAGAACUCCCCUUCAUCGCCUUCCAGUCUGAGCUCUCCCGAGAGGCCAGACGCCUGCUGGUGGCCAAAGCUCUGGCCAUGGAACACACAGACAAGGAUCUCACCUCCAGGGUCUCAAUGUGGCAGACGGAGCUGAACUCCAGAGAGGGAGCGUGGGAGAGGCUGUGCGUGGAGAGAGAUCCACUCGUCCUCUCUGGUCUCAUGUGGUCCUGGCUGGAGCAGCUCAAAGAUCCAAUCAUCAGCAGCGAGGAAGUAAAAGCCCUCAGCGAGAAGAGCGUCAACCCUCAGAACGCCCUGGAUUCUCUGGAAAAGGGCCACAGACUCACUCUGCUCUGCAUCCUCGACUGCGCUGCUCACCUGCUGCCGAUGCCUGAAGAGGUGGAGGCUCGUUUCCUUCACCACACGAUAAAAGUGUUUACCAAGAUGGACCCCGCCUCAGAGAAGAGCGAGCCCCUGUACGCGACACUCAAACAAACCCUGACCCCCCUCUUUCAUGAGCUGCGGGACAAAGCUAUGGAAGAGAACGAAGACUCGUGAGCCUCAAGGACGGUCCGACAGGAGGAGAGGAGAGUCACACACAGCGUUCCGCCUUCCCUUCCGGGCAUUAUUGUAAUUGAAGCCAGUUCCUCUCGUCAGAUACAAAUGAGAUCUGCCAAUCUUCAGUCUCUGGAGGUUUUCUGCGUGUUUUGAAGGUUUACAGUUUUCUUAUUUCCGUUGAAAGCUCUUAAUAGUGUCUAAGCACUGCCAUCCUCUCUGUGCCACGUUGUUCAGUGUCUUUGUUUCCAGUGUAAUCUUUGAGUGUGGACUAGAUGCCGCUUUUAUUGUCCAACUCUCAAGUUGUUUUGAAAGAUGACUUGAGAAACGUUCUCCAUGUAAACGUGUGACUCGAAAUGUCAAAGAGGAUUCCUUAUUUAAACCAAAAUGAUGUUUUUACACUGUGCGCAUGCUGCAACGUGUCUUAUUUACUCACGUCACCCUAUUUAAAGAUGCAACCAUCGGUUCGACAGUGACCAGCCCCGCAGGCGGCUCAGUUCACCAAGAAUGUCAAAGUGUUUUCUUCAAGUCAAAUGCAAACCGGGGCUACUGUUUAUGCGAUGCAAACCUGACCGGCACCGCGGUGCAUAUUCCUGUCCAUGUCCUCAAUACGCCUCGCACCAAAAACUCUUCUGUUGUUCGUGCAUUGGUCAGACUUUGAUCUGCCGGCCUCAUCACCACUGGCCUCCUGCCUGUGUCAUGCUGCUGGGUGUAACCUCGCCUUGCUUGUGUCUGUCUGUGUGUGUGUGUGUGUGUGUGUGUAAAAUGUCGGUGGAUGCCUCAGAUGUCUCCGAUGUGGAUACAAUGUAUUGUAGAUCUGCUGACAAGUUCUCAAUGCGGAACACUGAUGCUAAUAAUAAUAUUACUAACGGUAAUGACACGAGAUGUUGUACUGUGGGGAAUUUGUCAGACAAGCACUAUUUUUUUCAUUGUUGCAAUGACUACUUCUUACAGAAUUAAACAACUCACUGAAGGCCA